AUGUUUAACCGAAACCCACGUCUUGCUCUCAGAAUGAGUCGGCUUUUGUCGGCUCCUAUACCUCGGAGCCCUGCUUUACGAAUCAAAACCAUGGCUUCUAGCGCGCCGAAGUACGGCCUGGAGGCCAGUAUAAACGAACGAGGCAUAUGCACUCACAAGCGACUAAUGUCGCUGGACAAGUCUGGUUGUCCGGCCAGAUACCUACAGAUGGCUAAGGGAAACUGA